UCACACUUCGUCUCUUGAGUAAUUUUUUUGUUUCCUUCGUUUUCUCGCACUUUCCUUCUCAUUUUCUCGAUCAUCGAAACAACAUUGUACAGGGGAAUUCAAAGAAUGUCACUUUGUUCUUCCUUCAACGUAUUCGCUUCCUACUCACCAAAACCCAAAACCAUCUUCAAAAAUUCCAACUUCGUUUCACAAUUUCAGGUAAAGUCGGCUCCUUUAUUAGCUUCAACAUUCCAAAUCCAUGGAUCCCCAACGAAUCUUAAGUUUAGUAGAGAGAGACUCAAACCAAUUUCAUCUCUAGUAGACUCGGGAGUUUCAGAAAUCGCUACAUCGUCAUCCUUCAGGAACAAAAGCCCUAAGGAUGUAAACGUUUUAGUGGUUGGUUCAACUGGGUACAUAGGUAGAUUCGUAGUGAAAGAGCUGAUCAAAAGAGGGUUCAAUGUGAUUGCUGUUGCGAGAGAGAAGAGUGGGAUUAGAGGAAAGAACGACAAGGAAGAGACUUUAAAGCAAUUACAAGGCGCCAAUGUGUGUUUCUCAGAUGUUAAUGAUUUAGAUGUUUUAGAGAAAUCGAUUGAGAAUCUUGGUUUUGGUGUCGAUGUUGUUGUGUCCUGUCUCGCUAGUCGUAAUGGAGGGAUUAAAGAUUCUUGGAAGAUUGAUUACGAAGCUACCAAGAACAGUCUCUUAGCUGGCAAGAAGUUUGGUGCUAAGCAUUUCGUUUUGCUUUCUGCGAUUUGUGUGCAGAAGCCUUUAUUAGAGUUUCAGAGAGCGAAACUGAAGUUCGAAGCCGAGUUGAUGGAUUUAGCCCAGAAUAAAGACUCCAGCUUUACUUACAGCAUUGUGAGACCAACUGCUUUUUUCAAGAGUUUAGGUGGUCAAGUUGAGAUUGUGAAAGAUGGGAAACCUUAUGUGAUGUUCGGAGAUGGUAAGCUAUGCGCUUGUAAACCGAUCAGCGAAGAGGAUUUAGCAUCGUUUAUAUCGGAUUGCGUGUUGGAAGAGAACAAGAUCAAUCAGGUUUUGCCAAUUGGUGGACCAGGUAAGGCGUUAACGCCUCUGGAGCAAGGAGAGAUUCUGUUUAGGAUUCUUGGCAGAGAGCCUAAGUUCUUGAAAGUACCUAUCGAGAUUAUGGACUUUGUGAUUGGUGUUCUUGAUUCUAUCGCAAAGAUCUUUCCUUCGGUUGGAGAAGCUGCUGAGUUUGGCAAGAUUGGGAGGUAUUAUGCCGCAGAGAGUAUGUUGAUUAUUGAUCCGGAGACUGGAGAAUAUAGCGAGGAGAAGACACCGAGUUACGGGAAAGACACGCUUGAGGAUUUCUUUAAGAAAGUGAUCAGAGAAGGAAUGGCGGGUCAAGAACUCGGCGAACAGUUCUUCUAGUCGGUAUUUUAAAAAAAAUGCAAAGUGAGUUUGGCUGUGUAGUUUGUAACUGAUGAAAAUUAUGAAUAUAAAAACUGUGAAUUUGAGAGACUCGUUGAUUCAACAACAUUAGAAAACAAACAUUGCAGAGACCAUGUGUAUU